AAUAGACUGGGGACCUUGUCUCCUUGUCUUUAGACUCUCAGUUCAUGUCCUUCUCCAUCUCUCUCUCUCUUUCCUCUCACUGUAACUGACAGAUUCAUUCUAAUUCUAUUUUAUUCCAAUUGGAAUUUCGAACCGCGCAGUCAUUUUCUCUCUUCGGACAAAGCAAAGCCAUUUCAAUCUCCCAUUUCAUUGGUUCUUUUUCCCCACUGUACAUACCUUCCUAUUCUGCCGGCUAUGGUCGGCUAUUCGCAUUCACAUUCCACUCUCUCUUCUUUCUAUAUCUUUUCCAUAUUCAUCAUAACCUUUUCAACAUCAACAAAAGUCCAUUAACAUGGGCUGUGUUCAAGCCAAACCAUCACAAGAAUCUGAUGAAGGUAAUUACAGUGGACUAAACAGAUUCAAAAUGGAAAAUGGGUAUGUUCCAAGUUCUGAUUUUGUUGCUCACAGAAGAUCCACUGGUCAGAGUCAAAAACAUGUUCUUGACCAGACUAACAACUAUGAUCAUCAUCGUGUCUAUGAGAAAGAGAAACAACCCAGAAAGCAUAAAGUAGUUGUUGAUUCUAGUAGUGUUGCUGGAAAAGGAAAGAGAAAUGGUGAAUUGAAAGAUAGUAAGAAGCAGUUGAACAAGUGUUUUGAAGAUGAGAUGGUUGAUGGAUGGCCUAAAUGGUUAGUUGAUAAUGUUCCUUCUCAUGGGUUGGAUGGUUUGGUUCCAAAGAGUGCUGAAUCUUACAAAAUGAUUGAUAAGGUAGGACAAGGAACCUACAGCAAUGUUUAUAAAGCUCUAGAUCGAGACACGGGCGAUAUCGUGGCACUUAAAAAGGUCCGCUUCAAUACGUCGGAGCCUGAAAGCAUUAAGUUUAUGGCAAGAGAAAUAGCGAUAUUACAGAGAUUGGAUCAUCCCAAUAUAGUGAAACUUAAAGGGUUAGCCACUUCAAGAAUGCAGUACAGUAUAUAUCUAGUUUUUGAUUUCAUGCCAACGGAUUUAUCAAGAAUUAUUUCUCGACCUGAUGAAAGACUAACCGAACCACAGGUCAAGUGCUAUAUGCAUCAAUUGCUUUCAGGUCUUCAGCAUUGUCAUGAUAGAGGAAUUCUGCAUCGUGAUAUAAAGGGGUCGAAUCUUUUGAUAGAUAAAACGGGGAUGCUUCAGAUUGCAGAUUUUGGACUUGCUAAUUAUUAUAGUAUAAAUCAAGACCAACCUCUCACAAACCGGGUUGUGACACUAUGGUACCGAGCUCCUGAGUUGUUGUUAGGCUCCACAGAUUAUGGAGUCGGCAUUGAUCUAUGGAGUGCUGGUUGUCUCCUUGCAGAAAUGUUUAGAGGAGUUCCAAUCAUGCCUGGAAGAACUGAGGUUGAGCAACUUCAUAGAAUUUUCAGGCUAUGCGGCACACCAUCACAAGAGUAUUGGAAAAAGUUGAAACUUUCUACAACUUUUAUACCUCCAAAGUCUUAUAGACCAAGUCUGGUAGAAUCUUUCAAGGAUCUCCCCCCAUCAUCUUUAGGUCUCUUAUGUACACUUCUUGCUUUAGAUCCUGCAUUUCGUGGCAGCGCAUCUAAAGCUCUUAAAAACCCGUUUUUCUUUACAAGCCCAUUGGCUUGUGAUCUAUCUGGUUUACCUGCAAUCUACAAAGGAGAUGAUGAGCAUAUUCUAGCCAAAGAACAGAUCAAGUACAUGAACUCUAAAAUCAGACGUUCUCGUACAUAUAUGGAGCGUCGCAAGAAUUUAGUAUCUAAUAAGCCAAUCGAACAUACCGUAUCCUCUAAAGGAGUAUUGAGUAAUAAUGCCGAGGCUGAAACUUAUGCUCCAAGUGAAGAACCAGGUAGUGCAACAAGUAGUACUUCAUCUAGUGUAAACCAAGCUGGAAUAGGGGACCAUUCACCUCUCUUCCUCUCUCCAUUUAUGGCUUCUGAUCAAAAGAAGCCCCACAAAAUCCACAGUCAUGCUAAUAUUGGUGAAAAAAACACCAAGAACCUUCCUCCAUUAUCCAAGUCAAAACCAAAUGCAACCAAGAGAGAUGAUAGCAGAUACAGAUCAGACCAGAUUUUCAGGUCCACUUCCACCAGAGAAUUUAGAAAGUUAAAACCAGAUCAACAUUUACUCUUUGAUUAGAAAAAUCCAAGAAAUUUUGUAUACCGAAAAAAUUGAUUAUUUUAUUAUUUCAUUUGAUUUGAUGUAUUUUGAAAGUUCAUCUACAUAUUCUAUAUUAACAAUUGAUUAUUUUCUGGUUAGGUGCCAAUAAUCAAAGUAUUUAUUUACUAAUACAUGUCAUUGUUAAGGCUAACAUAUUUUAAUUGUUCACGUCAUACAUUAUUAUGUGAAGUUAGUUGAGUUGUCACUUUCUAUUGGAUUUUCUAACUUGUUUGUUUUAUUCUUUUGGAUUUUCUAAGCUUCAUAAUCAGUUGAUAGAGUCCUGUCAUAAUUUUUUUGGAUUAAAGUAUGCAGAACAAAGAGAUAAUGAUGAAUAAGAAAC